UUAUUGACUGACAGCUGCAAAGCAACUGCCGCAGCGUGCCUUGAGAAUUACGAAAGGGCUAAGUAGGCUGGAUCCUCUAUUUGGGCAGUACUCAGUAGUGUUUCAGAUUCAGUAAACCCCUCUCCUCCCAUCAACCACCAUUUGCAAGUAUAGCUCUCGAUCAAGGCUCGCAAUUCGACAUGGACAAGCAGUGCAAAAUGGCGGAGCACGUUAAGCACGGUAAGCACGUUCCAGAGUUGCCGCUGCUGUUUCGAAUUGAGAACUUCUUCAAUAUGAUCUACGCAUACAUUCUGGGCAAUUCCAAAGACUGCUGGACAGCAAUACCGGCGCCCGACGGCAUCAUGCGCUGGUGCAGCGCCAGGGGCAUCCACCAGUGGUGGUGUCUAUACCCAGCAGAGCGGCCAGAUCCGAGGCCAGUUCCGUUUCAAGUUUUAGCAUUGGAACGCGUGUCGCAGAGUAUGCUUAAUGGGCAUUUUAAUGUUGUAAAUUCACAAUUAUAAAUUCUUAAUUCUAAAUUCUCAA